AUGGCUUCCUACAAAGCCAGUAACCCUCUGGCAUUCACGCCAUGGCCAGUAACCAUCAUUACCACGGCCGUGUACCUCGCUCUGAUCAUCCCAUUAUUGGUGAUUUACCACAACGUCCCAUCCGCGCCCCGAACGAGUCCCAACGGCCUGGACCUCACGGAAGCAUGGCAUGAUCUCCAAAGCCUGACAAAAGGGUUCCACCCCUACAACUCGCACCAGAACGAUGAGGUCCACUCGUGGCUGAUCGAACGUAUCGACGCGAUCAAGCAGUCCGCUCCAUCCGCCGACGAAUUUCGCGACGCAAAGCAGGAGAAGCCCGAUGUCUUUGUCUUCGAUGACUUGGUGUCUAAUCUGACGUCAAUUGAUAAAAAUGUCGGCGUCUACUUCGAAGGCACCAAUAUCCUCGUCUAUAUCCGUGGUUCAGAAGAUACGAAACAGAAUUGGUGGGAGACUCCCGACCAAGCGCCCGUUGGCAAGGGAGGAGUACUGGUCAACGCGCAUUAUGACAGUGUGUCGACUGGUUACGGAGCGACAGACGAUGGUGUCGGUGUUGUGACAUGUCUGCAGUUGGUGAAAUACUUCCUGACACCCGGCCAUGCGCCGCGCCGCGGACUGGUGGUUCUUUUCAAUAAUGGCGAAGAGGACUAUUUGAACGGCGCGCGCGUAUACAGUCAGCACCCGAUGGCGAAAUUUGCGCACACAUUUCUGAACUUGGAGGGCGCGGGUGCCGGUGGUCGCGCAACGUUGUUCCGUAGCUCGGAUACGGAGGUCACCCAGGCGUAUGCGAAGUCCCCGUACCCCUUCGGCUCAGUUCUGAGCGCCAACGGUUUUGACAAGGGUCUCGUUAGCAGUCAGACCGAUUAUGUUGUUCUAGAUGGUAUUCUGGGCUUGCGCGGACUGGAUGUCGCUUUCUUUGAACCCAGAGCUCGUUAUCAUACUGACCAGGAUGAUGCCCGACACACCAGUAAGGACUCUCUUUGGCACAUGGUCUCUGCUGCUGUUGCCACUACCGAGGACCUUGUUUCUGACACCAGUGAUCGGUUUGACGGACAUCUCCGCGACGAUGGAACUGUGCCCAGCGGCUCAGGGACUCGAGCCGUUUGGUUCGAUCUCUUCGGGAGCGCCUUUGCUGUGUUCCGUCUGCACACGCUCUUUGCAUUGUCUGUUACUCUGCUCAUCGUGGCGCCAUUGACAUUGCUUGUGACCAGUGUCAUUCUAUCUAAGGCCGAUAAGAUGUAUCUGUUCCGUUCAUCUGUUUACUCCGAGAUCGAUGACGAUAGCAUCCCGUUGCGUGGAUGGCGUGGAUUCUUCCGGUUUCCGUUUUUGAUCUCCAUUCCUACAGCAGUGACUGUCGGAUUAGCUUACAUGGUGACCAAGGUCAAUCCUCUCAUUGCCCAUAGCAGCUCAUACGCUGUAUGGAGUAUGAUGAUCUCAGCCUGGGUCUUCUUAGCAUGGUUCGUAUCGCGUGUGGCUGAUUUCGCACGGCCAUCAGCCUUUCAUCGUGUCUAUACCUGGACCUGGAUGUUUGUCCUCACUUGGUCUUUCAUGGUGGUUGCCACCGUUUAUGAACACGAGGAAGGGCUCGCUGGUAGCUAUUUCAUGUUCUUUUACUUUGCUGGAACCUUUUUGGCCACCUGGAUCUCUUAUCUGGAACUGUUCUCUCUGCCAACAAAAUCAGAGUACGUUGGCCGGCUUGUUGAAUCACGAAGACCUAGUACUCAGGGAAGCCGGCUUGCUGCAUCGGGCGAUGAGCAUCAGGAUGAUGAUGAAGAAGAUCCAACCGAGUCAACUUCGUUGUUGCAUGGUCAACACCGCACCACCUUUGCCAACUAUGUCCGUGUUGGGGCAGAUCGCACAUCGCAUGAGCUAGACGAAGAAGAAGAGAAAGACCCUAACGUGUAUGCACACGAGCAGGCUUGGAGUGGUGGGAUGCCACGCUGGACAUGGUUGUUGCAGCUACUCCUCACCGUUCCUGUGAUUCUCAUGCUGGUUGUGCCGCUGGGCCUUCUGAUUACUGGAGCUCUCAACCAGACGGGUCAAGAUGGUAGCCCCCAGCUGAUCGUCUACCUCCUGAUUGCUAUUCUUACUGCAUUCCUCUUUGCGCCUAUGUUGCCAUUCAUCCAUCGCUUCACUUAUCACCUGCCUAUCUUCCUACUCUUUGUUGUCAUCGGAACCAUGAUCUACAACCUUGUCGCCUUCCCAUUUGCAGACUCUAAUCGCCUGAAAGUAUUUUUCCUACAAGAAGUCGAUUUAGACAACGGUAUCUCCACUGCUUCGCUCACUGGUAUGCCUCCAUUUGUCAAUGAUGUUGUUUAUGGACUCCCUGGCGCAGCAGGUCAAAAUGAGACCUGCGGUUGGGUUUACCGAGGCGCAAAUAAACUACAGCGAUGCUACUGGAGUGCACCAAUGCCACAUGUUGUCUCUAGUGCCGAUUCUCUCUCCGCUUCAAGUGAGGAUGUCGACGCUGUGCUGGAAACUUCUGAACUCUCGCCAGACUGGAUCUCCUUCAGUGUGAACCCUGACCCGAAUAGCUCCUCUGUCCGCUUCGAAGUAUCAGGCCAGAACACACGCAACUGCCGCAUUACAACCGAUGGAAACCACAUUAAGAACUUUAAUGUUGUUGGAUCCUCUGCUCCGGAUCACCGCUUUCUUAACCCGUCCCCCGACGGCCUCAACCGGAUCAUACUGUGGAGCCGUGAAUGGGAUAACAAGUGGACCGUGGAUAUCGAUUUCUCAGAGCAUGAAGAAUCCGAGACUGAUGAGACCGAAGAGGCUAUCAAGGGCCGCAUUACCUGUCUAUGGAGCGACAAUAACCGGGUCGGUCUUAUCCCCGCCCUUGACGAGGUGAGACAGUUUAGUCCAGCGUGGAUCGCUGUGACCAAGUUCUCUGAUGGGUUGAUCGAGGGGUCUCGGAGAUUCGAGAUUAAGCGUUCGAGCAUUAAGGCUUGA